GAAUUAUGAACAAAUGUUCUUAUAUAGAUCAUGACAAUGCAUCGGCGAUGCCAAGUUUUCACGGGUGAAAGCAAUGAUUCCUCCAGAUUGCUGUUUUCAGUGAAAAAGGCAGAACUUGUCCAGAGUGGAGUGAUGAGAUUAGAGGUCUUCCUUGCAUACAACAAAAAAGAAAGUGAGUGUGACUUUAGGGUAAAUGUUGUGACUGGCAAAAGAUCAUGCCAUGUAUAUGCAGGUGAAUCUCCCACAGUUGUUGCCUCGAUGCAGAAUAAUGGUGACUUCAAUGUCAAUGUCUAUCGCAACGUGGACUAUGCAUUCAUAGUGGCACUACUUAUGAUCGUUAAAGACAUCAACUUCUUUUACGAUGGAACGUGGAAUUUUGCAAAGGCAAUAACGCCAGUGGCAUUGGGAUUGUGGAAAGAAAACAAAGAUUGGCUUGAUUCAAGUUUUCAUGUAGAACACAUUGGGUUUGGUUUUCGACCAUUUUCAUGUUAA